GUGCCUGUGGCAUUAAUUUGACGUGAAAUUUGACAUAUUCCUGAGUAUUUGCAAUUCCUAUUCUUCACACAAGUCAUAACCUAAAACCACGUCGUGUUUCAUUAAUUUCUCAAUAAACCAAUAGUAUGUCUAACGAGAUUGAUGAACAGAUGGAAGCUAGUUCUUCUGAGAGCGAAGAUGAAGAAAUGCAAGAAGAUGAAGAGGGUACAGAAGACGACCGCCCAAAGACUUACCUUCCCGGUCAACCACUCAAAGAGGAUGAGCAGUUAGUGUGUGACCAAUCUGCAUAUAUAAUGCUACACCAGGCUCAAACAGGAGCACCAUGCCUUAGCUUCGAUAUUAUACCGGAUAAUCUUGGCAACGACAGAAGUGAAUUUCCCAUGACAGCAUAUGUAGUUGCCGGAACGCAGAACUUCAGUGCCCAUUUAAAUAAUUUAUUGGUAAUCAAAAUGACCAAUUUACAUCCGACAUCGAAGGCUGAAGAUGAUGAUGAAUCAGAUGAGAGUGAUGAUGAGGAUGACGAGGAUGAGGAGAGAAAACGCCAGAUGAGCAUUUCAUUUAUCAAACACCAGGGCUGUGUUAACAGAAUAAGAACAACACAUUUCAAGAAUUCUGUACUAGCAGCUAGUUGGUCUGAGCUAGGAAGAGUUGAUAUUUGGAAUGUGACUCAACAACUGCAAGCUGUGGAUGACCCAGCACUUUUAGAGAGAUACAAUUUGGAUACUGUUGCCAAUCCUGUAAAACCACUGUAUUCUUUUGAUGGCCACCAACAGGAGGGCUUUGGUCUAGCUUGGUGUCCAACAGAGCCAGGAGUUUUAGCAACUGGUGACUGUCGAAAAGACAUUCACAUUUGGAAACCAAAUCAAGCAGGUACAUGGGAUGUGGAUCAGGGUCCCUUAGUAGGGCACACCAGUUCUGUUGAAGACAUACAGUGGUCUCCAAAUGAAAGAAAUGUAUUAGCAACAUGUUCUGUGGACAAAACAAUAAGGAUAUGGGAUACCAGAGCAGCACCACACAAAGCAUGCAUGCUGACGGCUGAAAAUGCACAUCAAAGUGACAUAAAUGUGAUAUCAUGGAAUGGAAAGGAACCAUUUAUUGCUAGUGGUGGAGAUGAUGGCUUCCUGCAUAUAUGGGAUUUGAGACAAUUUACAAGUGGGUCACCAGUGGGUACAUUUAAACACCACACAGCACCUGUAACAUCAGUUGAAUGGCACUGGACUGAGCCAAGUGUGUUAGCGUCAGCUGGUGAGGACAACCAAGUUGCUUUGUGGGAUUUGGCUGUUGAACGAGAUGAUGAUGAAGUUGUUGAUGAAGAAUUGAAGAACCUACCACCCCAAUUGUUAUUUAUACACCAGGGACAAACAGACAUAAAAGAAUUGCAUUGGCACAAGCAAAUACCAGGCGUCAUUGUGACAACAGCCCAUACAGGAUUUAAUAUAUUCAAAACUAUUAGUGUAUGAAAUAAAAAAAAUAUUGUAAAAGUAUUUUAUUUCCAUGAUUCAAAAUUUAACAUCUUAAAAGGUAAUCUUAUAAAAAUUAAUCACAGUUGUCUUUAGUAUGUAUCAUGGCCAAAUUAAUUAAAUGUCUUAUUGUUGGUCUGCCAUGUGGACAAUUCUGUAAUGAAUAAGAAUUCUUUAUAAAGUACUUGUUAUACUUUAAUCUUUAAAUGCAAUACUGUCAGCUUAACAUCUAUUAUAAAAAUCAAAGCUUAUCAAAAUUAUUAUAAUUAAUUUUCACUGGCAUAUUGCUACCAAAUUGCUACAUACUUAACAUUGGAAAUAAUUUAGAUAUUUUGCUAGAACAAAAUGUUAAGGCUGCUCUAGAAAGAACCCACUGCACCACACAACCAUUGCGUUUGGUUGUGUGGUGCAGUGUAAUAAGUAAUAUUUGGAUUACAAUAAUCAAACAACACUUUUGGCAAUGAUGGUUAUCAAUAUUUAUCUAGUUACCCUCAUAUCAUGUAUGUUGCACAGGAUGGUUCAAAAGCUUAUGAUUUAUGUAAAAAUCAAUUUAUGUAUGUGCUGCUAAACUAUGAGGUGAAUAUAUUAUAAUUGCAUUAAACCUA